AUGGCGGCCACUGGAACAGCAGACGAUAUCGCACACCGUAUCUACGCGCGAUGCAGAGAACAAUUCUCUGGCAGUCAGCUACUGUAUCAACGCGAUAUUUUAAGUCUUGGAAUCAUUCCGGCCAAGAAUCUUGAGAUUCUGCUUGAGUGUACCCAGAAACUUGUUGACCAGAAUCUUUUCCGAGUCUACCAAGACAGCGACAAUCGAUUAGCUUGGAAAGUCAUAGCGGAGGAAGAUGCAGAAAAAAUACAGAGCCUCAACGAUACCGAAAAACUAGUUUACAAUGUAAUCCAUUCCACCGGCCGAACAGGUAUCUGGAUACGACAAUUAGGCAAACGAACCGAUCUCCACAAGACAAGUUUAGACAAGGCUCUGAAAUCUCUCGAAGGGAAGAAUUUCAUCAAGUCAAUCUUCAAUGUCAAACAUCCCGGUAAAAAGGUGUACAUGCUCGCGGAGCUCACACCGGCCGAGGACGUCACAGGCGGAGCAUGGUUCACCGACGGUGUUCUUGACGCGGAAUUUAUUGGUGUCCUCUCCGAUUAUAUUGAAAUGCAAGUCAGCAAGAGAUCCUGGUACGAAGUCGUGUCCAAACACAGCGCUGGCGGCAGCAACAAUAAGAGGCAAAAGCUCAACACAGGCGAAAUCGUGAAACAUACCGAAACAACAGCCUCCGAAAAGGAGAAGAAAUACUAUCCAUAUCCAGCAGACUACAAAUUCUACCCAACGGUAGGCGAAAUCACAGUCGAGGUGAACAAGACCGGCAUCACGCCUGUUAAGCUUGACGAAGGCAGUAUUAGCCAACUCCUUCGUAUGAUGUGCUUUGACGGCCGACUGAUUGCUUUGAAUGACCACACGAACUACAAAGCUGUACGACGGCCGAACGAGAUCAUCAAGGCUCGUGCAGACUCAGAUCGGCCGCCGGAAGUACAGCAAAAGACAAUCUUCAACGGAAAAAAUGGGAUGACCGAAGCGCCCUGUGGGCAAUGUCCGGUGUUCAAGAUCUGCCAACCAGGUGGCACCGUGAGUCCAGAGAAUUGCGAGUAUUUUGAUGAGUGGUUUGGGAAAGCUCUUGGUUUCUGA